UACACGCACUUCUCUAUGACAGUUCUGACCACGCAGCCAUCUGCGGAGCAGGAGCCCAGCAAACUGCACUGUAAUAGUGAUUCAUUUUCAAACCUCCUACUUACUAGAUUUCCUUCUGUGCGCUUUGUCUCCCUCCCUCUGUGGCACAUCAACUUCGCUGGCUACGUUCCCUCACGCAGUCAUAGUAGUUUAAAUCUUGGCUACAGCCCCGACUCUCAGAAACUUACCACCAGUAUUCGCGAAGCUGAUUGGCUGUCAACAUCUAAAAUCGUCCUAUCAGAGCAACGAGUGUUCGUAUGUGCAGUUUUCUUUAUCUACAGUGGCGUGCGCAGGGUGGUCAAGUAGACGCCUGCAGACCCUGUAAGACGCACACAUGGGGCUGCUGUCGGCGCUGACGGGAGGACUGGUGCGGGGGGGGCGACGCAUGGCGGUGACCUCCACCAAACGCGGCCCCAAGAUGAUGAACAAGGGCGGGCCUGCAAAGCCAACCGGCGUGCUCAUCUCCAGCAGAAAGUUUCUGAAGGUAAAGGAGAUGGUCCCGGAAUUUGUGGUUCCUUCCCUGGAGGGCUUCAAGCUGAAGCCGUACGUGUCCUACCGCACCCCCGAAGGGACGGAACCGGUCCUCACCCCAGAGGCACUUUUCUCCCAGGCUGUGGCCCCGCAGAUCAAGAAGGACUUCGAGGAGGGGACAUUCAGCCCAGACCAGCUGGAGAAAUACGGAUUUGAACCCACACAGGAUGGAAAGCUCUUCAAGCUUUACCCUAAGAACUUUGUCCGGUAGAUAAGACUCGUACUCUCCUCAUGAAACUAUUUGGUGGGAAAGAGAUGCUUAAGCAGCGGUGAACAAAGACAUAAACUUAAUGUAAAUUCUGACCAGCACAGCAAUUUCAUGUGUAAUGUACAGUGCCCUCCAUAAUGUUUGGGACAAUGACCCAUCAUUUAUUUACCUCUGUAAAGUGCAAGUGGUUAAAGUGCACAUUGUCAGAUUUCAAUAAAGCGCAUACAAUUUUUCGAAAUUACAGCACCCCAUUUCAAGGCACCAUCAUUUUUGGGACACAGCAAUGUUAUGUCAAUGAGUCAUCAUGUUUAGCAUUUUGUUGCAUAUCCUUUGCAUACCAUGACUUUCUGAUGUCUGUGACCUAUCAACAUCAUCAGUCUGGAUGUCCUAUUUUCAGGUUGACCUUCAAGUGGUGCUAAAACAGUACAAUACAGUACUGAUACAGAAUGGAACACAUUUCUUGGCUGAAUAGCUUUAAAUCAAGGGUCCUAGGUAUCGAGCCUUAAACCACCAUGCUGCUGUCAGAUAUGCAGUAGUUAUGAAAAUAAUUUUCUCAAAUGUUUUUUUACAUUGAGUUCAACAGGAGAAUUUGUCAGGAGAAGCAAUUAUUUUAUUGAAACUAAACAUGACUACUUUCAUCUGCAUAAUAUUGCUGUGACCCAAACAUUAUGGUGCCCUGAAAUGGAGGGGCUGUGUAUAAACACUGCAGUAAUUUCUAUAUGCUGAAACCGAAAUGUAUAAAAAUGCAGAAGUGCACAUUAUUAAUGUCAGAUAUUAAUAAUUUGCACUUCACCCACUUUAGGGGGGGUUCUGACGAAGUAAUUUCUAUAUGCUGAAACCGAAAUGUAUGAAAAUGCAGAAGUGCACAUUAUUAAUAUGUCAGAUAUGAAUAAUUUCCACUUCACCCACUUUAGGGGGGGGUUCUGACGAAGUCAGUCUUUGGAGUAUUUGAAGCUUGGUUAUUGUCAGUACCAAAUGCAGACAUACAGUUCUGUGCAAAGUAAUUGAUUACAUUUCUUUUUAUCAUUAAAAUUUCAGUCAUGAGGUUCUGCAUCAUUGUCCAGGGAAGAUUAUAGUUGAGCAUUGCUUUGUGUUGGAAUUUCUACAAAUAUACCUCUGUCCUGUGGCAGACUGAGCUAAAUUAUGGCAAAUAGUA